GCUGGUGCGGAGGAACCUCGGGCCCAGGGGCCGCCCCCUGCUCCGCCUCCCUCCUGGCACGGGGGCCUGCCCGGAGCCCCGGCCUCCGCGGCUGUCGCUGGGGGCUGUGUGGAGGUCGAGGCCGGGACCUCAGAGACACGGGUCCUCUGGUUGUUUCGCGGGAAGGAAGGCCCACCAGGCGGGACGUGGGGCGCCCUCCCCACAGCGCGGUCGAGUUUGGGCGUCACCGACCGGGGAGCGUUUCCCGAGAUUCCCGGGGUUCCCCGAGGCUAGGUAUCCCGAGGCCCCAGCAGACUGACCCUCAGGGCCGCGCGCCCGGCGGCUGCGGUCCGGCGGGGGAAGCUCACUGGCGGGUGGUGGAGAGCUGGGGAGAAUCCAGAGGACACAUCGUAAUCAUUUCCUCCUUUACCUUCUCACUGCCAAGGCCGCAGUUAAAGGCCCUGCCUCCUCCGUGAAGUAACAGUUUGUGGCAAGACAAGCUCAGAACCAAGACGCUGUCAUUACAGGAAUUGAAGCUGUGUGGCCCUGGGAACCUCCAGUUCCAAGUAGGAGAGCUGUGUAAGCCUUUCCAGCUGGCACGCCGACAAAAGUGAGGGCGUGAAAGUUCUGAGAGAGGCUGGGAGCCUGCUGAAGGUCCCGGCUAGGAGACCUCUCGUGAGGGUUCUUACUAAGUGUGGCGCCUUCUCUGCAGAUACCUGCUGAGAUCCAGGUUACGACAGGUGGUGCUCCAUCCUGGGACCCACACCAUUAAAUCAAGAUGGUGGACACAGAAAGCCCGAUUUGCCCCCUCUCCCCCCUCGAGGCUGAUGAUCUGGAAAGCCCGUUAUCUGACGAAUUUCUACAAGAAAUGGGAACCAUCCAAGAGAUUUCUCAGUCCAUUGGUGAGGACAGUUGCGGAAGCUUUAGUUUUACAGAAUACCAGUAUUUAGGAAGUGGUCCAGGAUCAGAUGGAUCCGUCAUUACAGACACCCUUUCACCCGCUUCGAGUCCCUCAUCAGUCACUUACCCUGUGGUUCCUGGCAGCGCCGACGAGUCUUCCAGUGCAGCGUUGAACAUUGAAUGCAGGAUCUGUGGGGACAAAGCCUCAGGCUACCAUUACGGGGUUCACGCGUGUGAAGGCUGCAAGGGUUUCUUCCGGAGAACUAUUCGACUAAAGCUGGUCUAUGACAAAUGUGACCGUAGCUGCAAGAUUCAGAAAAAGAAUCGAAAUAAGUGCCAAUAUUGUCGUUUUCACAAGUGCCUUUCUGUUGGGAUGUCCCAUAACGCAAUUCGUUUUGGACGAAUGCCAAGAUCUGAAAAAGCAAAACUGAAAGCAGAAAUCCUUACGUGUGAACAUGACGUGGAAGAUUCUGAAACCGCGGAUCUCAAAUCUCUCGCCAAAAGAAUAUACGAGGCCUACUUGAAGAAUUUCAACAUGAACAAGGUCAAGGCUCGGGUCAUCCUGGCGGGAAAAGCCAACAACAAUCCACCUUUUGUCAUACAUGACAUGGAGACAUUGUGCAUGGCUGAGAAGACCCUGGUGGCCAAGCUGGUGGCCAAUGGCAUUCAGAACAAGGAGGCAGAAGUCCGCAUCUUCCACUGCUGCCAGUGCACGUCUGUGGAGACUGUCACGGAGCUCACGGAAUUCGCCAAGUCCAUCCCCGGCUUUGCAAACUUGGACUUGAAUGAUCAGGUCACUUUGCUGAAAUACGGCGUCUAUGAGGCCAUCUUUGCAAUGCUGUCGUCUGUGAUGAACAAAGACGGAAUGCUGGUGGCGUACGGAAAUGGUUUUAUCACGCGCGAAUUCCUAAAAAGCCUGAGGAAGCCGUUUUGUGAUAUCAUGGAGCCUAAAUUUGAUUUUGCGAUGAAGUUCAAUGCCCUGGAACUGGACGACAGUGAUAUUUCCCUUUUUGUGGCUGCUAUAAUUUGCUGCGGAGAUCGUCCCGGCCUUCUGAACGUCGGACACAUUGAAAAAAUGCAGGAGGGGAUCGUGCACGUGCUCAAACUUCACCUGCAGAGUAACCACCCGGACGACAUCUUCCUCUUCCCCAAGCUUCUUCAGAAAAUGGCGGACCUGCGGCAGCUUGUCACCGAGCAUGCGCAGCUGGUGCAGAUCAUCAAAAAGACCGAAUCGGACGCCGCCCUGCACCCGCUGCUGCAAGAAAUCUACAGGGAUAUGUACUGAUUCAUGGUAAAUGAGCAAGAAAGGAGGAACGUCUCAGGAGUUGUAAAGCUGACAGCACUACAAAUGAGAAGUGGGAGCAAGGCUCCUUUGCACAGAUCGCCACCGUUGUCACCUUCGAGAAUGGUAAGUGUAAGCUCCAGGUGGUAACCAGAACCCUAUUCCACACGUACUGCCUUUUAUAACCUGUGCUUCUAAGAGCGUGCAAAGUAUGGAAAUGCUGGCGAUACGAGGCUAAAAGUCAGGACUUGGAAAACUAAAGAGAAUGGUGUGCAGCGGCCUGAUUUGAACCUGCCCGGGGGUCAAUCAGUGCAGGUUUCUAUAAAUCACGGUAGUAAUUCACCACUGAAUAAACUGGUGACCUCAGAACACGUGGUCUGUCUUCCCUUGGUGCCACCGGUGACUGUUGUGCUCCUUUAUAAUUUUGAAAACUAAUCAGCACUUUUUAACUUUUAUAAUCGUAUAAACCUAGAUGUAUCCAAAGGUUAGGUAUUUAAAAAGCAGCAAAAUAUUUAUUUGGAAAACUUCAGUUCUGUUUCCUGAAUUUGAAGAAAGACAACAUGCUGUUUUUAAUCAUAGGAUUUAGAAUUUCAAAGAAUUAUAAUAUUUGAUAAGCUAUCGAAAUGCAGCCGUUGUUUUGUUUUCAGUUCACAGUUUUCAUGGUUGUGGCUAAUAUGUGGGGUAAAGCCUGUUUCCAGGUUUGUGUAGAAGGUUCCAGAAAACUGCGCCUCAGGACCCGCUCUGGACUGGAUCACAGGCCUGUGUGAAGCUGACGUCUGUGGUGAGCAGGAUCAUGACGAACUGUGAAAGGACCUCGGCGUCCCACUCCUCUCACCUCCGUUUCCUCUCAAAUUUGAACCAACCCAGUCAGGCUAUAGUAGUGUUUUCAGGGGCAAACUGACAAAUUAUUUGUAAAUGUGCCUCUGGCCCCGUGUGUCAAGGCAGCUCCUUGGUCUUUCCCUGUGUUGCUUUUUAAAAUAUGCGGCUCAGUUCUUGUAACUCUUGGUGGUAGUAGCUGCUACCUGGAGUGGAGAAGACAAGGCAAAUGUGACAUUCUAGUGGGGGAAGUGGGGAGGGAUCGCCUGGAAAACCACUGGAGUGGGGAGAAGACUGCAAAGGUGGUUUCACUUAGUCUCGGGAUUCACAACAGGCUGGUGGUUUUUACAAAGACUGAGACAGUUAAGUGUCCUUUUCCAACCACAUAUGUAAGGUAGUCUUUCCAACAUCUAGAAUAUUUGUUUGAGCCUUGAAGAUCAACUUCUGAACCUCAGUCUGCCUGUGAAAGCAAUGUUGAUUAUGGUUUUCGUCUAGAGCUUGUGGACCCAGAAGCGCGCUCUCUUUCUAUCCAUCAGAGUAAACCCAUUGUUCAGUCAGAGAUUUUCAGCAGCCCCCCCCCCACCCAUCCAGACCGGGCUGCACUGGUCAGUGCCAGCGCAGUGGGGGGGGGGGGUCACUGGAUACCUCACACACAACAUCUGUGAGGUUGUAUCCUUGACAACCACACCCCCAUCUUUAGAAAAUCGGGCUCUAUGAGAUCAUUAUUAUUUGCUGUUAAAGAAGGAUUAGGAUUGAUAUGGAUAAAAUUCCCAAGAUCAGCGUUAAGAAAAUGCAGCUGUAGAAGAACAAUAAAACCGUGAGACUACAAUUAGAAAAAAGCAAAAGUUACAAUUAGAACAUCCUUUUAAAAAUUCCAUGAUCAGUGGUUUCUUAAGAUCUAACCAAAGGAUCUGUUGGAAGCAAAAGUAUUUCCAAAUACGAACGACACCAAACAAGGGGUCUUCCUAAGUCAGAAAGGAGCUAAGCUUUGAGUCACGUGGAGCAUCCAUCUCAACAUUCGUUCCUAGAAUGAGAACCCCUGGACUGAAAAGUAUGCAGGCCCUGGGGUCCAAGGUCUUAGGACUGGGGGCUGGAUUCCAACGUCAGGUCUGCGCUGCCCCCUUUGACCACUGGCCUCUUACUCAGAUGCCUUGAGACCCGAGCUUUCAGAAAAGUCUUUCAUUCUGUUUAGGUUUUCAUAAAACUGAUCUAAAACAGAUUUCACUUUCGGCCUUAACAGUUAGGCCGACAGAAGGCGCAGGUUGCAUGUUAGCGGCCUUAGUGAGUGUUGAAUCUUUUGGGGCCUGGCCAGACUACACGGCAAUGUCCCUGAUGAAGCCACAGAAGAGGCCGCAAAUGACCUCAGCUUGAAAGUCACUUGCAUUGUUCACUUUUAUUAUAGGAUGAAAAUCACAUGAUCCCAUUCAUUUUAAAAAACAGAAUCACUAUAAUUGCCACUCAGAAUGUUUUGGGUCAUCUAAUCAGAGAUUUCUCAGCGCAUCGAUAGUCAAAUAUAGACGAGUUCAUCACCAAUGCAGUGUAGUGUAGUAUUUCAAACAGAGACUAGUGAGAGAGAGCAUGUAUUGUUUGCUAGGUUUCAGUAGACAUUGGCACAGAGUACAAUGGAAACAUCAUCAUAACAGGUUCUAGAAGCUUCCAGCCGCGAGCGUGGAGUCACCUCCUGGCGUGAAUGCCACCUUGACCCCGCUUCAGCAAGUCACUGUGUAAACCUGCUUCUUCAUGUUCUUGACUUACAAUAGCAAAAAGUGCCAAACUCCUCUGAGACCACAAAUUACCAAGCAGCCUUGGUCUUGGUCUCAGGUGCUGAUGACAGUGACAAUGAAGGGGCAGCUGGGACUCGUCUGAGACACACCUCCUCACUGUGUGGCCAUCCGCAGGCUCAGGUCCAACCUGGUCCUGUCUACCCGCUCCUACAGCGUGUCGCUGCCUUCUGCAUCCAGGCUUUUUCCUGAAGCCUGAGGGCCGCACUGCAGGAAGCUAUUUUGGGGAUGUCCAGUAUCAUCAAAAGCAGGAUACUCCCACAUGCCCCAGCGAGAGCGGGAUUCAGGAGCAGUUUGAAUAUUGUUGGAGCACCAGACGGCUGCCUGAGACCUUUCUACAACUCUGAUGAGAUGGAUUCAGGGCAGCUUCCUAAGGUGGAUGUAUGCAGACAACAAAUAAUGAAGGUGAAGUGGAGGACAGACAACCUCGGUGCUCAGAACAUUCAAGAAUGCCCGCGAGAGCUGUCCCUGUUUUAAGGGGAUUCUUGCUUUUCAUAGAACAUAGCUUUCUGCUUGUACCGAUGUGUCUUACCCAGGGCUGUCUAAAACGUUUGGGCAACAGACGGCCUCAAGGUUUGUGUGGCCGGCCCAGGGACAGCACAGCAUCUGAAGACCUGAGCAGAAGCUCAAGGCCUAAGUCAAAUCCUGUGUUUGAUGUACGAUAAGUUAACGAUUAACUUAGCAAGUACUGUUUCCCCAAACCUCCUACAGCAUAACAGCUACCUCAAUAGAGAUAUCAAAAGGCACUGUUAAAAUUAAGGUACUGAAACCACCGCGGCCUUUUUGGUGCAUCUUUGGUCAGACCAUCUGUGAUAAGAGCUCCGAGGCUGCAUGCACGCUCACCUCUUGUCUGCACUGAGAAGUGGAAGUUUAUCUGACUUUUUAAAGGAACUUUUAUUGUUUAAAGGGAGCCUCAAAGAUAUGCAGGUGCAAAAGUUGCUGUCCCGUUUAGUGAGACAGUUUGAGUGUGACCGGGUUUAGAAGCGGUGGUGGGCAGGCCUGCAGUGACCCACCGCGAGAGGCCUCCCCUCUUCAGCUGUGCCUGCUGGCCGCACAUAAGCGUUUUCGUGGGGAAAUCCUGCCGGAGGAGGAUGGAAAGAGGUGCCUCCAUGCCAGCCUUGGUCAGACCUUGACUUCCCAAUGUCUUUCCCCUGUUAGUCACACCUGUGCCUCUGUGCUCGACUCCAGAUGUUUCCUGCCUCGUGCUCCCUUUUCAAACCAUGGUGACACUGAGCACAUUAGAUCUUAGUGGCCAGAUGCCUGAUGGUUUUUGGCCUUGAUCCAAUGGUCACACCUGUCAUUGGAACGUCUUAGGAACUCCCGUCUAAAUGUGGGUCCAUUGUUUCAACCAAUGGCAUUUCCAGCUAAAACUGACUUGACCACUGGCCUGGCUUUUGGGACUUCCAGGGACCCAGGGAAAGCCAGCCACCUUCCCAGUACCUCUUCAACCCAUGGGGCCUUUCAAAACGCAGAUCCCGCUAGGAAGGCGUGUCAGGUGCUCCCCUCCUCCGCCAUGGGUCUUUACUGCUUUCAAAGCAGGAGCACUUGACAUGUCUCCUCUGCUGCUCAGCCCUUUGAGGUGGGGGAUGGAAUCACCCCCAUCUCAAAGUGAAAACAGCCCUGCUCCAGUGACGGGCUGCCUGGCGUGGCAGGUCUGUGGCCCUUCCCAGCUCCUGCCAGCCUUCACAACACGCAGUGCGGCCAUCCCACCCCGCCCUGCCCCACCCGUGCUCUGUGGGUUAGCCUUCUGCCUGCAGGGGUUACUUGCUUCAAAAGUUCAAUUAGGGAGAGGCAAGGAAAUUAUACUGUCUAUAGAAGUUGAAAACUAAGAUCGAUGCCACCAGCUGAGGGCUUACUGAUUAUUAAAAUGUGUCCACGGAAGACCUUUACCACACACCCAACUUUUACACCGUUGGCACUGCCAGGCACUGGGCUGUUCCAAAGCCUGGCUCUGUCUUUGUUCUCGGUUUAAAACGGCCCAGCUUCUCUUCACUGUUGGGCCAAGCUGACUUACAGGGCUCCCCGCAGGUUAAUGAUUCUUAACCGGCAAGCCUUUGCAUUGAGCAGUCAGUGCAGGGGCCUCUUGCCUUCCUGACAAGUGACCUUCAGAUGGCACAGGCGGAAGUGAAGGGCCCCUGAACACCCACAGCAGAAAGGCUCUAAGGACAGCUCGGUGUGCUCUAGUGGGAGGAGCAGAUGAAGGUAGUGACAAAUAAAUGCUGACUCAUCCUGCACUGUGGUGACAGCACCACCCCAAUCAAGGGUACCUUUGAAGCCAUGAAAUCGCCAGGUGGCUGUCCUCUUGCUAAGUCCAGGGACUUUGCCCAGGUCACAGGACCCUCUAAGGGACCUACCCGGAAAGAACUGAGAUUAGGCUCCAAAGGUCGAGGUCUAAGUUUUUGCUCAGAUUUUCGUACUUUUUAGGUGCCAUUUUAAUAGAAUUCAGGAAAAUGGUCAAUGACUGCCCCCCCCCCAGCCUGUGAAACCGUAGAAUAAAAAUAAAGGCAGUACAUCUGGUCUGACUCACAAUAUAGGAGAUCCAAUAUAUUGUACUUGUCUGGGAACUGCAAUAUAAAAACGAAAAUGUGACAUUGGAAGUCUCGUAAUAAAAAAAGACGAGUCGUUAUGCUCUAAUUUAAAUAAUUACAUAAUGCUUUCCAUUAUGCUAUUUUUUGUAGAAUGCAGCAGAUUCUUACAUUUUAUUUCAGCAGAGUGGGCUGCAGGCUUACUAAAACAAAAAGCUGCAGCGUGGCCUGUUCAUUA